CUGAAAUUUGCAGAUCAGCUGUGAGCUCUCAGUUACUGCUCCAACACCAUGCCUGCCUGACACUGUGCUGCCUGUGAUGUUCAUAGAUUUCCCCAUUUAAAUGUUACUGAAAAACUAUUACAAAUGGCGAGCAGAAUGUCCAGAAUUAAGUGCAGAUCUGCACCCUAGAAGUGUCAUUGGACUUCUGAAGGCUGGCUACCAUGGAGUGUUGAGGUCCAGGGAUCCCACUGGCAGCAGAGUUCUUAUUUACAGAAUUGCACACUGGGACCCAAAAGUUUUUACAGCCUAUGAUGUAUUUCGGGUAAGUCUCAUCACAUCAGAGCUCAUCGUACAGGAGGUGGAAACUCAGCGGAAUGGAGUCAAGGCUAUAUUUGACCUGGAAGGCUGGCAGAUUUCCCAUGCUUUCCAGAUUACCCCAUCUGUAGCCAAAAAGAUUGCUGCUGUACUUACAGAUUCCUUUCCAUUGAAAGUUCGUGGCAUCCAUUUGAUAAAUGAGCCAGUCAUUUUCCAUGCUGUCUUUUCCAUGAUUAAACCAUUUCUGACCGAAAAGAUUAAGGGCCGGAUUCAUCUGCAUGGGAACAAUUACAACUCAAGCCUACUUCAGCACUUCCCGGACAUUCUUCCUCUGGAGUAUGGUGGUGCCGAGUUCUCCAUGGAGGAUAUUUGUCAGGAGUGGACAAAUUUUAUAAUGAAGUCUGAAGAUUAUCUCAGCAGCAUUUCUGAGACCAUCCAAUGAGAAGUUAUUUCCUGUGAAUAACUUCCUCACAAAAAUUCAAGGAUGGGAUCCUAUUUGAUUAUUAAAUUCAAGAGCAAACCUAAAUGAAUUGAUGUUUAUCUGACCUUUACAUGUGCAAGAUGGCUAUUUGGGGAGUGUUCUAGCUUUUACAAUGCUCUGUUCCUUUUGAAUUAAUUAAUGUUAGAAGAGAUUCCUGUUUAUGUGUGAAGAGCAAACAUACAUCUGAAGUUCCUGUUCCAGUGUAUCUUCGCAUGGAUCGGGAAAUUUCAUAAAAAAACUUUAUGAUCCCAUUGUUUAAUGCUAGAUUGAUGACUAGUCUACUGCAAAGAAAUACUGUGCAUUCCAACUGAUGGUGGAACAUGAUUAGUGCUCUUGGUGUCAGAUUAUAAUUCAGAUUGCAGUCUAAAUACAGCUUUAUGCCAGCAGGAUACUUUAUCUCAGGGAAACCCUAGUUUAGCAUACGUACAACAGAAGCCUUGAAUGUGAGUCUAUAUGUCACCAUAUUGUAAGCAACAAAAUCACUAUGGUUGAUAAAAAUGACUUAAAACUUUAGACAAUAUUCUGGGCACACUUGAUGAUUUCUUAUGCAGUCUUGUAUUUUCAAAUAAGUAAAGAAUAUAAUUUGUGGCUUCUGUUUAUGACUUAUACACAGACUGCUUAUACUUGAAAACUUAACGGAACUAUACAAAAGGAAGUGUUCAUAUCCUACUUAAUCACCAGUUAUGCUAGCAUUUUUCAGAUGAUUCAUAAAAUAAUUUGAGUUUUACUAUUAUCUCAAAAUAUUUUAAAUCUCAAAAUUCAUGUUUAGUUUAAAAAAUGGUCAGUAGGUAGGUGUGCUGUCUGUACCAUAGUACAGUUCAUUUUUAAGACUUUCAUUCGUUGAGAAAAAUGUAAUCUCAUCCCAUUUUCAGCACAUUCUUAAAUUUAUGGCAUGAUUUUUAUACUUAGGGUCUUCUAAUUAAUUUUAUCUUACACUUGAAGGAAUACAAGGUAGAGAAUUUAUUGAACUUGUGUUCAGCAGUAAUCAUAUAAUACUGUCUUCGUGCAAGGCGAGGCUUCAUUGCACAGGGUGUUUUUCUUUGUAAGAAAAUGAGUUGAAUCAGAUGAGCUGAUCCUUCCAAUUCUCUGCACACACACACUUACAAAAUCAAAAGGAGGUGCAGGUGUUCUUCAGAGAACGUGUUUAACUUUCAUGUAGCAAUUACACGCUAACUUUACUAUUUAAUUUUACUAAAAAGAUCUUGCUUUUUUUCUUAAAACAUUAGCCUUCCUUAUGAAACCAUAAAAUUAAAAUUGUAUAAAUAACAGAUAAUCAGCUAAAGGAAUAAAGAGUAACAAAACGCCUCCAGCUUUUCAAACUUUUAAUCAUAGACGGAAACUCAGGAGUCACUUUAUUUGCGUGUGGAUGUUCAGUCAUUUGCCCUGACUCUGUGGAGGAAUGGUACAUUACAAUAAAGGCUAGUGUCUUAAAUGUCUUUUUAAAUGUGCACAUUAGUGAAGUAAUUAAAAACUCCAGUCAGUGUAAGUACAUUCAAAGAUGGGACUUUGAGAUUUUUAUAAAAUGAAGCAAUUUUAUGAAGAGCUUGAAGAACAAUGUGUGUAGACAGUUUUGAAUGGUUCUGGGCAGUAACUGGAAUUCUCUAUGUGCCUUCACUGCACUUGUGCCCAAAGUAUUUUCUGAAAGGUGAAUUCCAUAGGUGCUUAGUAUGUUGCAGAACUUCACAAUAAUUUGUUUUAAUAUUGUUAAAAAUAAACAUCUUUCUCAUAGA